AUGCAGGAAGGUUACAAGUUGGGACGUGAAGCCAGCAAAAUAUUCCAAGGGGAGCCAAGUAUUUGUGAUGGAUUAACUUUUUGUCCCUCAAACAGUAAUGUUCAAGUUCUAAUUCUUGUUGACUAUAUUGUGGAGUAUGACUAUGAUGCUGUGCAUGAUGAUGAAUUAACUAUUCGAGUUGGGGAAAUCAUCAGGAAUGUGAAAAAACUACAGGAGGAAGGAUGGCUAGAAGGAGAACUAAAUGGGAGAAGAGGAAUGUUUCCUGAUAAUUUUGUUAAGGAAAUUAAGAGAGAAACAGAAUCCAAGGAUGACAGUUUGCCCAUCAGACGGGAAAGGCAUGGGAAUGUAGCAAGUCUUGUACAACGAAUAAGCACCUAUGGACUUCCAGCUGGAGGAAUUCAGCCACAUCCACCAACUAAAAACAUUAAAAAAAAGAUCAAGAAGCGGCAAUGUAAGGUUCUGUUUGAGUACAUUCCACAAAAUGAUGAUGAACUGGAGUUGAAAGUGGGAGAUAUUAUUGAUAUUAAUGAUGAGGUAGAAGAAGGCUGGUGGAGUGGAACCCUGAACAAUAAGUUGGGACUGUUUCCCUCAAAUUUUGUGAAAGAAUUAGAGAUAACAGAUGAUGCUGAAACUCAUGAAGCCCAGGAGGAUUCAGAAUCUGUUUGGACUGGGCCUACCUUAUCUUUCCCCUCUCAGGGGAAUGGGAAUGAAACUGCACCCGGAUCGGUGACACAGCCAAAGAAAAUUCGAGGGAUUGGAUUUGGAGAUAUUUUUAAAGAAGGCUCUGUGAAACUUAGGACAAGAGCAUCCAGUAGUGAAACAGAAGAGAAAAAAUCAGAAAAGCCCUCAAUCAUACAAUCACUAGGAUGCAGAACUCAGAACACGGAGAUAACAAAAUCAGACACUGAAGGUAAAACAAAAGCUAAGGAAUAUUGUAGAGCGUUAUUUGCCUAUGAAGGUACUAAUGAAGAUGAACUUACUUUUAAAGAGGGAGACAUAAUCCACUUGAUAAGUAAGGAGACUGGAGAAACUGGCUGGUGGAAGGGUGAACUUAAUGGUAAAGAAGGAGUAUUUCCGGACAAUUUUGCUGUUCAGAUAAAUGAACUGGAUAAGGACUUUCCAAAACCAAAGAAACCACCACCUCCUGCUAAGGGUCCAGCCCCAAAGCCUGAGCCAAUAUCUAUAGAGAAAAAGUAUUUUCCUAUAAAGCCUGAAGAAAGAGAUGAAAAAUCCAUGCUGGACCCAAAACCUUCUAAACCAGCUGCUCCACAAGUUCCACCCAAGAAGCCUACUCCACCCACCAAAGCCAAUAAUUUAUUGAGAUCUUCUGGAACAGUAUACCCAAAGCGACCUGAGAAACCAGUUCCUCCACUACCACCUGUAGCCAGGAUUAAUGGGGAAGUGCCUGCCAUUUCAUCAAAAUUUGAAACUGAGCCAGUAUCAAAACCAAAGUUAGAUUCUGAACAGUCACCACUUAGACCAAAAUCAGUAGAUCUAGAUUCAUUUACAAUUAGGAGCUUUAAAGAAACAGAUAUUGUGAAUUUUGAUGACAUAGCUUCCUCAGAAAACUUACUCCAUCUCACUGCAAACAGACCGAAGAUGCCUGGAAGAAGGUUGCCUGGCCGCUUCAAUGGCGGGCAUUCUCCAACUCAAAGCCCAGAAAAAAUCUUGAAGUCACCCAAAGAAGAAGAUAGUGCCAACAUAAAGCCAUCUGAAUUUAAAAAGGAUUCUUGCAACUCUCCAAAGCCAUCUCUGUACCUUUCAACACCUUCAAGUCCUUCAAAACCAAAUGCGGCUAGUUUUUUAACUCCAUUAGAAAUCAAAGCUAAAUUAGAAGCAGACGAUGGGGAAAAAAAUUCCCUGGAUGAAAUUAAAGCUGAGAUGAUUGAACUGCUGUGCAUUGUGGAAGCACUGAAAAAGGAGCACGGGAAAGAACUGGAAAAACUACGAAAAGAUUUGGAAGAAGAGAAGGUGCUGAGAAGUAAUCUAGAGGUAGAAAUCGAGAAGCUGAAAAAAGCUGUCCUGUCUUCUUGAAGAGGCACAGACCCAGUAUUUAUAAUGAAAUGGGGAUUCAGAGGCAACACUAUGAACUUCAAUUGACUUGUUACUUAAAAAUAACAAAUGCUGAUGUUGUGGUAAAGAAAUAUGAGUAUAUGAACUAUAAUAUCUAUAGAAAAGUAGGGGGAGGGUGAAUUUUUUUUUAUAUAUUUUGCUUUGCCAAUAUGAGGGGGGAAAGAGGCCUUAUUUCUUACGUGCUGGGAUUGCAAACUUCUUUUUUAGUUUGCUUGAAAAUACUACUGAAUCUGUAUAAAAAGGAAAAUUCACAAUAGUUUUUUUUAUUGAAAUGUAUUAUUUUUAAAGAGAUCUAUACUAUAAAUAUGGUGAUAUCUUUACAAAUAAUCUGUAAAAUAUACUAUUUGAGAGGGACAAAUUAGCUUUAUAGUAACUAUAAUCACUACGUUAUACUUAGGGGAUAUGUACUUUGUGUGUAUAUAUAUAAAUACGUAUUUUUUCUUUCACUUUUAGCUUCUUACCCAGGAUGACACUGUUGUGCCUGUUUGUUUGCAGUGCUGUUUAUAUU